AUGAACAGCUCAGCUGCAGACAAAUUAGACGCGAAAGGCAAACGAAGAAUGAAUCGAAUUGAAAGGUCGCGGUUUCCGGAAUUCUUUUCGUUGGCGUUGGCGGUUGAUGAUGAUGAGGAGGAGGAGCAGCACGAAGAAGAACCUUCUGUGAGCGAUUCAUUUGCAUCAGAUGGUGCUGGCGGUGUAAAACGAACACUUAUCAUCAGAUCAUAA